CAGAUUUUUUUUUUGGGAGUCGGAAAUCCAUCUGGGGAAAUCUAGAAAAAGAGUAGACUCAGAACAAUACUUUUGUUUUUCGGAUAGCAAUUAUUUUUGCAAACUUGAUUGUUAUAAAAGAAAUACAUUUUUAGUUGAAGGAUUUUGUGAAUUUUGACAUAAAAUAUGGCAGAUGAUGAGGAUGAAACGUAUAAAUUAUGGCGCAUCAGGAAAACCGUGAUGCAACUUUGUCACGAUAGAGGUUAUCUCGUCACACAGGACGAGUUAGAUCAAGAUCUAGAGCAGUUCAAGGAACAGUUUGGAGAUAAACCUAGUGAGAAGAGACCGGCCAGAAGCGAUCUUAUUGUUCUCGUGGCGCAUAAUGACGAUCCUACAGAUCAGUUGUUUGUCUUUUUCCCUGAUGAACCAAAAAUUGGUAUCAAAACCAUCAAGACUUAUUGCCAACGUAUGCAGGAAGAGAAGAUUCACAGAGCAAUCAUUGUAGUCCAGCAAGGCAUGACACCAUCAGCUAAGCAAUCGCUAGUAGAUAUGGCACCAAAAUAUAUACUAGAACAAUUUCUGGAAUCUGAAUUAUUGAUAAAUAUUACUGAGCAUGAAUUAGUUCCUGAACAUAUUGUUCUAACUCCAGAUGAGAAAGAGGAGCUAUUGACAAGGUACAAACUGAAGGAAAACCAACUGAUGCGGAUACAAGCUGGUGAUCCAGUGGCGCGAUAUUUUGGUUUGAAGCGUGGACAAGUCGUUAAAAUAAUCAGAUCGUCAGAGACUGCGGGAAGAUACAUAUCCUACAGACUAGUUUGUUGAAGGAGAAAGUAUCAAAGAAAAAAAACAAGGCUCAAGGCUAUUUACAGGGUACAAGAGAAAUAUUAUUUAUUUACUUAGUAGAAUGUAAAGAAGAACAUUACAGCUUGAAAUUUGUCAUUUAUGUUGUAACGAUACUUUAUCAUGAUGUCUCUUGUACCUGCAUUAUUAAUAAUAACUGUAAUCAUACAUUAUUACGCUGGGUAAGAAACCACACAGUGUAACACGAACAGCAGCAGUGAAUGAAUAAUUAAAAUUCUCAUAUGCAAACAUGUA